AUGGGCCCUAUAGAACUAAACAAGCGUCGCAUCUUCUUUCUGCUGGGCGGCGUCAUUGCCUUUUACAUCGUCUUCCAUGGCUUAACCUUCGGUGGAGAGAGCAUCCGAGACGUCGCCGCCCAUAUCCCCAUCCCGGGCCACUUGACACCCACCGAACACAAACCGCCAGUAGACCAGGAUUCAGACGAUAUCUGGGAUUUGGGCCCCGAUCUUGCCGCCUCUUCUGCCCCCGCUGUCCCUCCAAUUAAUCCCGUAUCACCCAAUACCCACUUCGAUCUACAUCCAAUUGCCCAGUUGAUGCAAGAAGCUGAUAAGCAAUGGAGAACUUAUGAAUCUGGAGUGUCGACUACUUUUAGACAAACCGUUGAGAAAUAUCGCAGUAAAUAUGGGAGACACCCUCCUCCAGGCUUCAAGGAUUGGUACAAGUUCGCCCGCAAGAGAAAUGUCUUCAACAUUGACGACUUCGAACAAAUAAUGGACGAUCUCAGGCCUUUCUGGUCCGUCAAACCCUCUGAGAUCCGUACUCACGCUGCUCAUAUGUGGGAGAAUCCGAAUUUCGGUGUUGCAGGCAUUCAUAUUCGCAAAGGCAAGGUUGUCCGGAUCGACAAUGGAAGCUGGAGAUCAGAUACAAUGGCUAAAGUCAUUGAGAAGUUUGUCGAAUACUUACCUGACAUGGACAUAGCCAUGAACAGGCUGGAUCAACCACGCUUGAUUGUUCCCUGGGAGGAUAUGCAACAAAUGCUGAGCAAAGAGUACAAGUCACGAGCCAUGCACCCGGAAGUCUUGAAUAGCUUUACACCAAACCUUCCAGAUCUACUUGACAUGACGAUCGAGGACAAGGACUUAGACAAUUCGACCAGGCUCAGUGAAGACUGGUUCUUCCGUCCAGGGAAACAAUACAUGGAGAUCGCCUCAAAAGCAUGUCCUCCCGAAUCUCCUGCCCGGUCAAACAUGUCCCUUGCUCAAGCAGACCGAUUGUAUAAAGAACCAUCUGCCGGAUUAGUCACGAACUUCAAUCUUUCCUCAGAUCUAUGCACCAUCGGCCCAACAAUCCAGGACAAGCAUGGCUUGCUCUUUUCUGCCAGCAGCAUUAUCGCUUCCCAUAAACUGGUUCCUAUCUUUGGUGAGUGUAAGGUCAACGUCAAUAACGACAUUCUUUUCCCGGCCAACAUGUACUAUCUCCACGAUGUUCGAUACGACUACAACGCUGAGGAGGAUCUCGAUUGGAGAGAUAAGGCAGACAAUAUCAUCUGGCGUGGUGUCACCUCAGGUGGGGUCCAGACUGAUGAUAAUUGGGCCCGCAUGCACAGGCAGCGCCUGGUUCAGCUCUUCAAUGGUACACAUGUCAAAGAGACCGAUACUCGAGCUAAGAUUCUCACCCAAAAGAAAUUCGAGGUGCCUCAGCAAAACACGACUUAUGAGACUUUUGACCAAUUCCAACCGGCCCAAUUUGCCGACCGACAUGGAGAUAUUGGCUUUGUCGAGUCUUGGGGCUGUGUCCCUAACUGCAGUUUCUAUGACACCGUCUUCUCUUGGAAACCACAGGUAUCCCUAACUUCGCAAUUCAGGUCCAAAUACUUGAUCGACGUGGAUGGUCAUUCCUUCUCAGGUCGCUGGCAUGCUUUCCUGCAGAGCAAAAGCCUUGGCUUCAAAGCCACAAUCUUCCGUGAAUGGCACGAUAGUCGACUUUUCGCUUGGCGACACUUUGUUCCCGUCGACAAUCGUUAUGAUGAUCUGUACGCGUUGAUGACAUAUUUUGUUGGUUACGGAAAACCAAACAUGGAGCAUGCCCUAGAGGAACAAGAUCUCAAUCCUCAGGUCUACAUAGCGCCUCAUGCUAAAGAAGCACAAACACUUGCCAAACAGGGUCGCGAAUGGUCAAACAAAUCGUUGAGAAGGGAGGAUAUUGAAGUCUACAUGUUUAGACUGCUCCUCGAAUACGGUCGGCUCAUCGACAACAAUCGUGACUAUAUUGGAUAUUCCGGUGAUGGCAGCGAGCUAGAUAAGUUUGAUGCUAGUGAAGGGAAGGAAGGACUCUGGGGUAUCGCUGGCUGGUAG